UAGACAGCCCAAAUAAUGCUGGUUACCAUCCAUGUCUGAAGCCAGUUGUUGAAUGAAGGUACUGCUGGACCAACUAUUAAUUGGUCAUGUACGUUGACACUGGCGUGAGUGCUGGCGUGAGUAAUGCUGCCAACUUAUUUCGAGCAGACCUGGACGUCUUCGGAGGAAACAAACUGAGAUUCUUUGUCUGUAAUUUUCAUCAUAUAUGCGCCUCUCUUACUUGGAUGCACAAGCACUAUUUUUGCACUGGUACAGUUAAAUGUAUCAUCGGAAGUGAAGGGAAGGUUCAUAUUGAAGGAGUCAUUACUCAUGACGGAGACCGGACUUGUCGUAAACUCAUCAACUUGUACCAAAUGAAAGUCGACCAGGAACUAUGUGCAGCUGGACCAUUUACCAUCUCUUUUAAUCUUCCAGGAUCUGUUGAUAAUCGGCUGUUUUCUCCUGGCUUUCGGCCAGAUGGAAUCCUGGAAGUGGUGGUUAUGAAAUCCAAAAUGUCUCGGCAAUUCCUCAAGUUCCCUUUUAAUGGUAACAAGUCUUCCCCUGUCAAGUUUCCCCAAGUAACCAUCUGAUGUAAAGUUUCUGUAAGGGAAGUCUGUUCCAUGACAUACCUCUUUGCUUGUGGGUUAACAAAGAGCAUGAAAACGCAGACAUCUGCGGUCUCAUUUUUUACUGCAAAAACGAAUGCGUUCAACUCGAUUUACUAGAAAAGGAUUUCCCAACAGUUUCAGAUGUUUCUUUUCGUUCAAUUUACAAAGACGAUGAAGACAAGUUGCUCAUAGAUUUUAUUGAGGAAUCAAUUGGAAACUCAUGAAAUGAAACUCGGGCUCAAGCUCUUAGCACAGUGAGUGUCCGACUCUGAAAAAGCAUCGACAUGAAGGAUCACACGAGUGCCCAUCGCGUUGAUUGACCAUGCUUUGCUUCAAGUCAAGCAGUCACCCCAUUACUUUCAGUGGGAGCAGUAUGACGCUACUUGGAGCAAAAUUCAACAAAACUGGGGAGCACAAGUAACAUGCUUCCUUCUGUGAUUGUGUUUCUUCUGCAGGCGAAGACGAAAGCAGUUAUGUCAGUCCUUUAAAUGGAGAUUAUUUAACUGAAAGAUUAGUCCAAACAAGUGUCACCAUUU